GGUCAGGUCACUCCUUCAAGUGAAACAUUUAUGAGCAGAGGUGUCACAAUGAUAUUUGCUGGUGAAUGAUCAAAAUAAUCUCAGAAAGCAGUCUCUGAGUAAUUAUACAGAGAAUCGGCAUGGUGAUGUGUGGUGAUUUUCUCUGUCCAAGUGAGACGUCUUACAAUCCGGCCUCUGGGCUUCAGGGGAGACGUAACAGAAACAUCAUCAUUCUAAAGGAGACCAGCAGACACACAGACUGACUUGGCAUCACCUGCAAUAUGAUGGUAUUGGAUGUUACUUCUCAUCCAGAGAGACAGGAAAAUCUGUCUGUCUCCACUGCGACGUUUCGUCUCGUCUCCUUUGGUUUCUUGGGGGUAUUAAAAUAUCACCGACAGUGAUGACGGAAUAUGGUAUUUGUGUAUAUAAUGCGAUUUGUCUACAGUAAGGCAAUGAAAAUUGAUUUGCUCUCUGGCCCAAAUGAUGGCUCAGUUCUCUGAGCUAAAUAAGGAGGCAUUAAGCUGGGUACAAACCCAGGCUGACGAAUGAUCGGUUCCUGUUAGCUGCCAUUGGUUCCCAGAAACAAAAUUUGUGCUGGAACACACCGGCAUGACUAGAGGCGACUGGGAGACAUACAAACCCCGAUCAGAGAACUCAAUCUCACUGACUAGCUGCAAUGCCAAUUCAACAUGCCAUUCAACAGAUCCAACAGGAACCAACUGCGUGCGACCAUGCGGGACACUCCGACACAACUGGCACUCACUGGCAGCCCUACAGCCUCCGACAAUAAGAGCAGUGCAGUGGUCUUAUGACUCCAGUGAGAGCCCACCUCCCCUCCACUGCCAUAAUGGAACAUUUUCGACCAUAAUGAAGAAGGUGAGUAUAUUCAAUAUAAAAUGUCUGCAGUACGUGUUCUGCACUAAAAGCAGUACUGAUUCAGGAAACUGUGAAAUGUUGAUGACAUUGUGAUUCGCAGCACGACUUCUGAUUGGCCGCUGCUCGCCAGCGCUGAUGGGCCGAUGGUGAGAAUCAUCAUGCCCGUACCGUAAAACAUCCUUUCAAAAGAAAGCAAAAGCUACAAAUCGAUUGAUCAGAUUUUCCCCCGCAGUUUUCCUUUACGUGCUUGUUUCUGCAGUACAGCCUAUAAAUCCUGCGCAUAUUCACUGUUGGCUGUUAUCCCUCUGCGUUUGCUUUCAUUAAGGGAAGUGAUGCAUGUUUAAAUCUCAGCUCACAAGGCCGGGUGCGCUUUUGUCGUUAGACCUUCAGGAGCAGCGAGCCCUGGGACAGUCUGUACUGUCCUUUCUUUGCAGACCUUCCUGUCACGCUUCUGUCCUUAUAAACAAUGCAAACACGAGAGCAGGUGACUGUCACACAGGACGCAUUCGCUAAGGCAGCUUGUUUCGUAAAAAUAUGCGUGCCACCUCACAAUUUACAAUUUCAAAGCAUUUAAGGCUAACUACUUUCUUCAAAACAUUUAAGUGGAGAGAGGCAUUCAGACUUCGUACACUGGCUGAAAAUGCUCUUUUUAAUGGAGAACGAACUGCUGUGAUUACGCCAAAGUGUGCCCUUUCAAUUCAGUCUGCAAACACUGCAGAUUCAGAAUGCACGUUUCCAGUUUUAGCAUCUAAUCCUUAAAGAAGUUCACUUCUGAAUGCAUCAUGUACAGGUGUGCAAGUUCUAAAUUAUCCACCAAUACGUUUUAGGCACCAACAUCUUCAAAGAAAAAUUUGUCGUGUAGAUUCCACAAAAGGAGAAGAAAAAAUAAACGUUUUUUUCGCCUCAGAAAAUACACCUGUUUGUGUUCAAUACACAAUUAUUUUUCCACUUUGUAUGUAUAUGUUAUUGAAAUGGUUAUACAAAGUAUAAUCUUCAUUUUUUUCGGUUCAGUCACAUAGGCUGGUAGUGGUCCAUUUGGAAGGUAAUGAAACUAAAAAUACUUAUUAUUAACUAAAAAAGCACGUUUUCAGACCAGUCAUACGCUUGUUUUAUGUUUGCUUUCGGCUAAACAACAGGAACAACAUACGAAAUUAUGGAAAUGUGUCUUUACUCCUUUAAAUACGAUUUUGCAUAAACGACCUACUUAUCUAACUAUGUGAUUAAUUAUACAUUACACGCUAAUAUAAUUUUAGGCUCCCGACUUCCUUCCAAUCACUUUUGUUUGGUUUUUCUUAAUUAUAAUUUAUGUAAAAUGCUCCGUGAAUUUAAGGCUGUGUAAGGAAAUUAUAAGGGUUAAUUCUCCCAACCCUAAACGCUCCAGAGGCUAAAAACCAGACAUUUUCAUAUAAUCAAUAUACUAUUGAAAAUAACAAGAAAUAGUAAAGGUGACUUCUUUAACGUUGAAAUUAUUACCAAAAUGUAAAAAUAUUGCAUUUCUACACAGAUUCCUCUGUAGCUAUGCGUUAAAAUGUCCGAUUUACAUUAAAAUGCUGCCUAUCAAAGUAACUGUUGCUUAAAACCUUCCAAAACCCAUAUGUCGUUGUUUUUUACUCUAAUCAUACUCUACAUGGGAAGCUACUUGAUAUGCAAAUAUGAUAUGAUGAUUGAUAUACAUCAAAAUAUAGGUUUAUUCUAUGUAUGCAGUUGCGUCUAAGUCAUAAAUACUUAACAGAAUUGUAACCCGGGGGAUUCCUUUCACAAAGUGUCCCGUCAAAACGAGAUGUGAACCAAACAGACAAGGGCUCUCCAGACAAUGCAGAUAUUUUAUUCUUAGCUGCGUGUUUGCAGGAUGGUGGCCUCCGUCUCAGAUCAGCGUUGUGAGUAUAAAGGACUCGCGUACAGACGCUGUGAGGAGAAUAAGGAGCAAUCGGCCCAGACCUGGCCGCAGGCUCCAGUCAGCACCGGGUCCAAACCCCGAACCGGGCUGCAAAGUCCAUCUCUCCGUUUUGUCCUUCGGCCGACGCUACGCUUUUAAUGAAUAUCUUACUUGACAUAAACCGGGUAAUCAAGUGAUCGAGGUGGAUCCGCCAUUUAUUAAUCAUUGUUAUAUUUGGAGCAAGACUGACCCCUGCAUGGUUUACCUUCAAAGCAGUAAAGAAACCAGACGGACCGAUAUGAGCUUUUAACAGUGAUCAGGUCUCCAGCGCGCACUGACCCUCCGGAAACUUCGGAAGUUGCUUCAGGUGUCAGACUUUACUUCUGCCACUCGGAGCGAGGCCUCUCCUCGCAACCUCCUAAGUUGCGGCUUCAUUGCAUUGCUGGGCAGUCUGACUGCCCGUAUCUGCCCCAAUGGUGAUUCGAUAAACACCUACCAGAAAUGAAUGGCACCUUUGUUGCACCUGAGAUUGUUUCCGAAAAGACAGAAUUUGAGCUGAAUCUCAGCAGCGGGGUGCCUGCUCCUUCGUUCAAUAGGAGCACAGAUGAAGAUGUUCUGCGGCUCCCCACCUUCUCCACUGCUGCCAAGGUCAGGGUGAUCAUCACCUUCAUCCUUUGCGCCAUCUCAGCGGCCUGCAAUGUCGCCGUGCUCUGGGCCGCCAGCGUCAACAAGCAGCGGAAGUCUCACGUCCGGACGCUGAUUGUGAACCUGACCGCGGCCGACCUCCUGGUCACAUUAAUUGUGAUGCCGCUGGAUGCCAUCUGGAACAUCACUGUCCAGUGGCUGGCUGGAGACACGGCCUGCAGGAUGUUGAUGUUCCUGAAGCUUCUAGCUAUGUAUUCCUCUGCUUUCGUGACGGUGGUUAUCAGCCUGGAUCGGCAGACUGCUAUCCUGAACCCUCUGGCUAUUAACAAGGCAAGAAGAAAAAGCAGAGUGAUGCUGACCUUGGCUUGGCUGAUGAGCGUCCUCCUGUCGGCCCCUCAGAUGUUCCUCUUUCACAAUGUGACCAUCACCGUUCCACAGAACUUCACUCAGUGCACAACCCGUGGCAGUUUUUCCCGACACUGGCAGGAGACCCUAUACAACAUGUGCACCUUUGUCUGUCUGUUUCUACUGCCUCUGGCCAUCAUGAUCUUCUGCUACACAAGGAUCUUGAUGGAGAUCUCCAAGCGAAUGACCAAGGGAUACUUAUCUUCUAAGGAAGUUCAUCUCCGCCGCUCAAAGAACAACAUUCCGAAAGCGAGGAUGCGGACUCUGAAGAUGAGCAUCGCCAUAGUGACCUCCUUCAUCAUUUGCUGGACCCCCUACUACCUGCUGGGGCUGUGGUACUGGUUUUCUCCCGAUGGGCUGGAGGAAGCCGUCUCCCAUUCCCUCACGCACAUGCUCUUCAUCUUUGGGCUCUUCAACGCCUGCCUGGACCCAAUCACCUACGGCCUCUUCAGCAUCCAUUUCCACAGGGGGCUGAGGAGAUACCGCCACAGAGGCUCCGUCUUGGCCGACUCGGAGAAUCUCACCGCCACCACUUCCUUCCGCUGCUCCACCUCCUCUUUUCCUCUCAGACGACUGGCCGCCCAGGAUGGACCGGGGGCUGGUGCCCAGCAACCGCAGCAGGGCAGGAAGACCUGUCAGUGCAACAGCUAUCUCACCACCUGCUACAGCAGCGAGAAGGAGACCAGUCAGUUCAGUCCUGAUAACAUGAUAUGACGCAUUUUCACUGCUUUUCAGGCCUGUUAUCCUUAUAGUCACUCCUCACGUUAAGACUUUCAUCGUAAUUUCCAAAAAUACACCUUUGUGUCACAGCUACCAGCUCCAGAGUUGUGUACAGACCUUCUACACUCCUUUGCUCUAUGGAUGUGCUUUUGUGUUCCUUCUUAAGCUGACAGUCAGGUGUUCUACUGUCCAGUUAAGCACUACUGUGUGUGUCCGUCGCGUUCAUGUCAGGAAUCACAAAAACGUUCCCGUCUAUGAACCAAUUUAACAGACUGAAUUUUAAGCUGACAUUUCAGGCAUGUCCAACUUUUCUUUUACCAAAUUCAGUAAAAUCCCUCUCCGUUUCAAAGCAAUUUUGGUGUUUUACAGUCUCUCAGGGGAAUGGAGCUCUGAAUUCUAACUUAACUAGCAACAUGUAAAAACUCUCACAUUAUCAGCAUUUGCUAAGUAUGCUGUAUUUUAUCAUUAACAAGUUAUAUUUACUUAGACAAGCACUCACCCUUAUCUAGAGUCAUCUACGUGACGCCGUUGUUUAUUACUGUGUUUUUCCAUUAAACAAACCCAUCACUGAUCGUUUGUGCUCUUCAACGCACAGAUUAAUGGAUUUUGUCAUGCUUCUGCAUAGCUGUCAGAAUAAAUUCCAACACUUGCAGCGUUUCUGAGAAGAGUGAUUCAGGAAUCAGUAAUGAGCCUGAACAUCAGGCCAGAUGAGGGGAACCGAUGCUGAUGCGGUUGCCAUGGAGCCAGCACCCUGGCGACAGCGGCCCUGCGGGGCUCCGCCUUCCUCAGGUGACCUUUCAGUCGUGCCUGUGACCUCGAGAUAAGGGAAGAAAAACUGCAAGUCAUAAUCAUGUUUCAUUGGUUCAGACUAGAGCUGCCCCUGGAAGAUGAACUGUAGGCAUUAUUAGUGACAACAGAAACAAAUAAACCACUUAAUUUGUAAACAU